AUGGAUACUUUAUACAAUAUUGAAGCUAUAGGUAAUGUGAAGCCUGUACUGCUAAUGAUAGCGGUUCAGUCUUUAUAUGCAGUGGUGAAUAUCUUGUUAAAGUUGGUAGCAGAUGAUGGAAUGAGCUUAAGUGUUCUUAUUGCCUACAGAUUCAUAUUUGCUUCUGCCUUCAUUGUUCCGGUUGCUCUCAUCUUUGAAAGGAAAAGCCUGCAAAAUCUUACUGGGCAAGUUCUAUUCCAAGCUCUUCUUUGUGGGUUAUUUGGGGGAACCUUACUACAAAACCUCUAUGUUAAAUCCUUGGCCUUGGUAUCUGCAAUGUAUGCUACAGCCAUGUUGAACCUCAUCCCUGCUGUGACCUACAUCUUGUCUGUUUCUCUUAGACUUGAAAAGUCAAAUCUUGGAACACUGCCUGGGAUGGUCAAGUUUCUAGGCACUCUAACAGGAAUUGGUGGUGCCAUGAUCCUCACUUUCUACAAAGGAAGAAGGAUAAGCAUCUGGUCAACACACAUUGACUUGGUGCAACAACAUGCUGCUGCAUCACCACAUGGUGCUCCCACUGGUUCACGCUUGUGGGGCUGCAUGCUAGCUCUGGGAACCUCUCUGAGCUACUCUUUUUGGUUGAUUAUCCAGACAAAGAUGAGUAAAAAGUUUCCGUGGCACUAUUCAAUUGCGGCAUUAACAUCUGCAACGAGCUCAAUCCUAUCCAUCAUAUAUGCCCUUUGUACGGAGAGAGAUUGGACGCAGUGGAAACUUGGCUGGAACUUGAGGCUUCUAGCAGCAGUUUCUUCGGGUGUCUUUGCCUCUGGAGUGUGUUAUCCCAUGUUAGCAUGGUGUGUGCGCAGGAAAGGACCUCUCUUUGCGUCUGCUUUCAGUCCUUUUAUGCUUGUCAUAGUGACCCUUGCCGGCUCAUUGGUACUAGAUGAGUCUCUUCACAUCGGAAGUCUAACAGGAUCAGUGUUGAUUGUGAGCGGAUUGUACAUGUUGUUGUGGGGUCAAAAUAACGAAACAUGGAAGGGGGAGACUGAGAUGGUGUCCUCAAAAGGCUUGGUUCAAUGUGAUUCAGUCCACGUUGCUGACCCACCCUUGGCAUGCAAUCAAAGGGAGCAUGACAAGAAGAUUGCUGCAAGUGUUCCUCCAUAUACACCUACCCUCUCCCUCCUUCCAUCCUUUGUUUCGAGCUCUAAAACAUCAAGACUUCUGUUCAGUGGAGUGUCCGGUGUCAAACACGACUCUGACACCGACACUGGUGUGAUGCAGCUCCGACACGCGUUCGACAGAAGGGACAUUCGUAGCUUCAGCGGCAGGGGAACUGAGAGCAGCAAACAAAGAAGCACAACCUUGACCAUUCUUCGCAAACCAGAGGAGGGUGAAAAGGAUGGUGAGGAAAGCAAAUUUGGGGUGGAAGGCUCGAAACAGAGAAUGGAAAGAGGGAGUACUGCAUUCUGCAGUAGAUUUCAUCUCCUACAAGUAGGGCUAAUGCUUCACCCGCAGAGCUCUCCAAUCUUUCUGCUUCUUCCAGAUGUAGAAAGUAGAAUUACUGAGCUUUAA